GUCAGUAAAGCUGACGUGUACAUUACAAUAAUUGCUAAAUUCAUGAUGUAAUACUUUUCUUAUUUAUAUACAAAACACAACAUUCUCGGUAGGUUAAUUUAACAUAACUGUCAUUCGUUGUAGAACUUCGGGUAUCAAUAUUGAUCAAAGGUCAGAAGCUUGAUUUAUUUUGAGAUUAUAAACAUGGAGGUCAUCAGCAUUAUCAUAUUCUUUGUGAUUGGUUUCUUCAUCUGGUAUUGUUGUGGCGGAUCUUCAUCAAAAUCUGCUUCCUCUUCGUCCCCUUCCUCGGAGAACAAACUGUACCCCGAUCUGAGUAAGAUGAAGAGUAACAGCCUGUUCAGCAUGUUUGGAGGCAGUAAUUAUUCUAGUUUUGUGGACAGGUUUACCUCAUUAGAGGAUGUCACUGCAGCAGUUAGAAAGGCUGGGCUAGAGAGUUGUGGUCUGAUAUUUGGUAUAGAUUAUACUACCAGUAAUUCUGUUCAGGGUCAGAGAACCUUUGGGGGACAGUCCCUCCAUUCUAUUGGCAAGAUGUUUCUUAAUCCAUACCAACAGGUGAUUUGUAUCCUUGGUGAGACACUGGAAUCAUUUGAUGAUGAUGGUAAAAUUCCAGCAUUUGGAUUUGGUGAUGCUUCAACCAGGGAUAAAGCUGUAUUCCCAUUUAGAGCAGAGGGUUUUUGUUAUGGUUUCCAUGAUGUCCUGGAGAUGUACAACCAGAUAACACCAAACAUUCGGCUUAGUGGAGGAACCAACUUUGCUCCCCUUAUCUACAAAGCCAUAGAAAUUGUAAAACAUGAGCGAUCGUAUCACAUUCUAGUCAUUGUUGCUGAUGGACAGGUCACCAAUGAGAGAGAUACCAUCAAUGCUAUAGUCGAAGCCUCCAGUUGGCCAUUGUCGAUAGUUAUGGUUGGAGUGGGUGAUGGACCAUGGGAUAUCAUGGAGGAUUUUGAUGACCGUUUACCACGAAGGAAAUUUGACAACUUUCAGUUUGUAGAUUUCCAUAAGAUUAUGACAACAUCCAGGAAUCCACAGGCGGCGUUUGCUCUUCAUGCACUCAUGGAGAUUCCGGACCAGUUCAAGACAAUCAAAGACAGGGGCAUGCUUAAUUUCUAUGAACUUAGAGAAAGGAAAGAACAGUAUACUUCCACAGAAAAACAAGGUCCCCCACAGAAUGAGACGGCAAUUAAACAGGAAGUAACAGAGAAAGGAAUGGUAGCAGACCCAGAGAGUGGUGAGGUAGCAAGGAAACAACAGGCUCCAGACAGGAGAAAGUUUCUGAAUGCCAGCAAAGACGAUGGCGAUGAUGACGAUGAAGAUGAUAGCUUGUUUGGACCACGGAAACUGUUUUUUAUUGGAGUAGAUUAUUUCAAGGGCGAUGAAAAAAGCAGCAAUUGCCAUAAAGGGUCUCCGUACAAGAAGGAAGAAAACGCCAUGGAUGAGUUAAGGAGUUUUCUUUCCGAACAUCAAACUGCAAUUGCAAGUCUGAUCGUCACAGGAGUGACGUUAUAUUUGUUUCGACUGUGGGCAGCGGGUGGGAAAUGUUACAGUAAAGCUCGCCUGGAUGGGAAGACCGUAAUCAUUACAGGCUGUAACACGGGGAUAGGGAAAGAGACCGCUAUCGACCUAGCAGGCAGAGGAGCCAGAGUGAUCAUGGCAUGUCGUGACCGGGGUCGGGGAGAGACGGCCUUAGCUGCAGUCAUUGAAAGGACCGGAAAUAAACAGGUCGUCUUGAAGAUUCUUGAUCUGGCUUCACUGGAUUCCGUGAGAAAAUUUGCCGAGGACAUCAACAAAACGGAACCCAGACUUGAUAUUUUGAUCAACAAUGCAGGAGUGAUGAUAUGCCCAUAUUUGAAAACUGCUGAAGGGUUUGAAAUGCAGUUUGGAACCAAUCAUCUUGGUCAUUUUCUGCUGACCAAUCUACUAUUGGAUAAAAUCAAGAAAUCCGCCCCAGCAAGAAUUGUCAACGUGUCCUCCCUUGCACACAUUUUCACCGACAAAAUAAAUUUUGAUGACAUCAAUAGUGAAAAGAGCUAUAAUCGAACUCAGGCUUACGCUCAAAGCAAACUGGCCAACAUCCUGUUCUCCAGAGAACUCAGUAGAAGACUCAAAGGAACUGGCGUGACGGUCAACUCUCUUCAUCCCGGAUCAGUAAUUACUGAGCUACAGAGAUACGUCCCGGGAUAUAAGAUUAUAUGGCCUCUCAUUGCCUUGAUUUUUAAAACUCCGAGGGAAGGUGCACAAACUAAUAUUUACUGUGCUGUUGACGAAAGUUUGGAUAACGUCACUGGAAAAUAUUUCAGUGAUUGUGCUGUGAAGGAGGAAUCAAAAGCAGCCCAAGAUGACGAGGCAGCGAGGAGACUUUGGGAGGUGUCCGCUCAAAUGGUCAAUCUGGACAAAUAAAAUACUGGGAGUCAUCCGAUGGUCGCUCUGUUCAAAUGAGAUGCAAGACAGGACAAACAAGAUACUGACAUAGGUGUGGAUAAACGGGACACUGACUAAGGUCUGGACAAACAAGACAAUGACAUAGGUCUAAAAAAACAAGACACUGACGUUGGUGUGGACAAACAGGACAAACAAGACACUGACUUAGGUCUGGACAAACAAGACACUGACAUAUAAGUGUGGGCAAACAUGACACUGACAUAAGUGUGGAUAAGCAUGACAUUUUCAUAGGUCUGGACAAAAAAGACAAUGACAUAGGUCUGGACAAACAUGACACUGACAUAGGCCUGAACAAACAAGACAUUGGCAUAGGUGUGGACAAACAAGGCACUGACAUAGACCUGAACAAACAAGACACUGGCAUAGGUCUGAACAAACAAGACACUGACAUAGGUCUGGACAAAGAAGACACUGACUUAGGUAUGGACAAACGAGACACUGACAUAGGUAUGGACAAACAAGAUACUGACAUAGGUCUGAACAAACAAGACAAUAACAUAGGUCUGGACAAACAAGACACUGACAUAGAUCUGGACAAACAAGACACUGACAUAGACAUUGACACAGGUAUGGACAAACAAGACAUAACAAAGGUCUGGACAAACAACACAAUGACAUAGGUCUGGACAAACAAGACACUGACGUUGGUCUGGACAAAUGAGACAGUGACAUUGGCAAAGGGACAUUUAAUUGUUUAUAAUCUAUGCAAAACAUUCACAGUAUUAUAAAUGCAUAAUCUUUUGUACAUUUACAAACUUUUGUACUUGUAUUUAGUUGUUUACUCUUAUAACAUAUUGUUUUUCUAAUUUGUUUUAAAUCAGGUAUUGGCCAAUUUAAUCAACUCAAAUAAAGUAACAAAAAAUAAAUUAACAAGAAUAUUUAGUUACAUAGUUAUCGUGUAGACAUGUAGAAUUUUCUAAUGAUGAGGUCAAUAAAUAAAAUAGAACGUAUGGUUUUGUGUUUGAUAUAAUAAUCUACAGAUUUAGAAGUUAA